AUGGGCCAGGAGCAUACAGCACAUAUUGAAGACAAACUCCCUUGGGACUAUCGUGAAGAGACGGUUAUGUUCUGGAACUCAAGGGGUACAAGAGCCAAAAGCUUCCCUUCUCUGGUUAGAGAAAUCAAAAGACACUACCAAAUAGAUUUUCUGGCCAUCCUUGAGACUAGGUGUGACAAGCGUGAGGUGAAAAAUAGAACAAAAAAGCUGGGUUUCCAUGCCUAUGAGAUCAUUGACGUCGAAGGGUAUAGCGGAGGUAUAUGGUGCCUUUGGGAGAGAUCAGUGCAGCAUGUAACCAUCUUAGAGAAAAACCCCCAGUUUAUGCAUGUGAGAGUUGGGAAUAGUCAAGGGCUUAGCUGGGAAAUGACGAUUAUUUAUGCCCACCCAAAUGCCAUGGUGAGACAGCAACUGUGGGGUGAGUUGUCUCGGUUAAGUCGUAAUAUGUUAGGGGCUUGGAUCCUUAGGGGUGACUUUAAUGCAACCUUGUUGGCUGCGGAUAGACGUUCUGUUGCUAAGCACAAAUUAUCAAGUGAUAAAGACUUCAUCACUUGGUUUGAUCAGAGUCAUCUUCAUGAUUUGGGAUAUCGGUGCCCCGAGUUUACAUGA